UUUUUUUUUUUUUUUUUUUUAUAAAUAUAUAUAAGGCUGAAGAAGUUUCUCGGAAGUUUUCCGACAUGAACACCGGGCCGGCUGUCGGGAAAUUCUGUAUGCUGCUGGCGACACUGCUCCUUCUCGCGAGCUCGCCUUGUCGAGCGGCCAAGCAGCCACCCGCAGCCCAGUGGUCCGCCGCGACAGAGGGCGACUUCAGGAACGGCACCCUUCUGCGCCGCCACAGGACCUGCGUGGAGAACCAGCAGUACCACUACCAAGGCCUCUGCUGCCUCAACUGCCAGGCCGGGACGUUUGUGCAGAAGGAGUGCGAGCACGAUCACCAGCAGGGGGUGUGCGCUCCCUGCGAACACGGACUCACGUACACGGAACAUUCCAACGGCAUGUACCGAUGUCUGCACUGCACGCACUGUCGACAAGACGAGAUGGAGACGGCGUCCUGCACCACCACGUCAGACACCAGGUGUCAGUGCCGAUCCGGAACCUUCUGCGUGCCUGAUCAGGCCUGCGAGGUCUGCAAACGCUGCGCCAAGUGUAAAGCGGGCGAGGAGGAGGUAAAGAAGUGCACGCACUUUUCCAACACGGUGUGCCAAAAGCGAGGCCCGUCUCCCACCCAGACGCCACCGGCCCGAAUACCGGCCACGCCCGCCUCGCCGGCAGACAUCGUGGUCCCCGUGGUGAGCUGCCUCUUCCUCCUCGUCGUCGCGGCCGCGGGAUUCGCCACGUGGCGGUUCGCCAUCAAGCGCUGCUCCUUCGACGGAACGUGUGCCAAGAGUCACUGCGACACCGGCGAAAUCAUCAAAAUUCCGAUCGACGAGAGCGCCCCCACGGCGGAGGAGUGCCAGAACAGUCGUAACGCCGGCCUGGAGGGCGACGACUCUCGUCCGGAAUCGCGUCCGCUGCUGCAGGAGACGCAGGCGGGCGUGACCAACAACAAGGCGUCGCCGCCCCUGGAGGACGAGGACCGCGGGCUGGGGGACAGCCUGCCCAACACCACCAGCUCGUCGCAGACCAGCCUGUCGGCGCUGCCCACCGUCGCCUCGUCCGGGGACAGCCCCCAGCAGAGCCCCGCCACCUGCAGGAUAAGCGACACCGCCAUGGAGGAUCCUCUGCAACACCGCCUGCUGCCGCUGCAAGAGUCUGAGAAGUCGCUGAAGAAGAGCUUCGACCUCUUCGACAAAUAUCUGGAUGUGCGGAUCCACAACAAGUUCUUCCGCAUGAUCGGGGUGAGCGACAACCACAUCCGCCUGGCGGAGAGCGGCGCGGCCGGCGACAAAGUCUACGAGCUGCUCAAGAACUGGAUGCAGCGGCAGGGCCUGAAAGCCGACAUCAACCACCUGCUGCAGGCCCUUCUGGACCUGGACCAGCGACGCUCGGCCGAGAGCAUCGCCUCCGAGGCGCUUAGGCGAGGUUACUACAAGCAUGAACGCGCUCCCUGAGGGACCCCGCCGUCGUCUCCUCUUUUGACUUGCCUCCUCUUAUCAAGAGCCAGUAGUUUUUCUUCCAAG